AUGGAUUCGGCCGAGGUAGAUUUGCCGGAAAAUCCCAGAAUGGGGGCGAAUUUCGUUUCGGUUUUAACUUUCUGGUACACUAUGCCCACCUUUAUCAGGGGUCUUAGGCACACUUUGGACACAAAAGACCUCUACAAAACUAUGAAGGAGCACAAGUCAGGGCCCUUGGGAAACCAAUUGUAUGCUUCAUGGGAGCGAGAACUUAAAAAUUCGGGAAGCAAACCAAGCCUAAUGAGAGCCCUUCUGCGGGUGUUCGGAUGGCAAUUCGGUUUCUUCGGGCUAUUGCUUUUCCUGGCAGAGGGGGGACUGCGAAUACUUCAGCCCCUACUCCUGCUGAAGCUCAUCUCCCACUUCGCACACGGUUCGGAGUCCACUAAUAAGGCCUAUUUCUACGCAGGCGGCUUGAUCUUAUCAGUUGGCCUUAACGUAAUAUGCAAACAUCCCUGUAUGUGCGGCAUCUGGAAUCUGUGCUUUAAAGCACGGGUAAGCUUGAGCAGCAUGAUCUAUCGGAAGUCGCUGCGGCUAAGCAGGACGGCUCUGGGCGCUGCUACUUCUGGCCAUGUGGUCAACUUGAUCUCAAACGACGUCAGUCGCAUAGACAGUAACGUCCUCUUGGCGCACUUCCUGUGGAUAGGCCCCUUGCAAACAGGCUUUGUCACUUUUCUAAUGUACCUUCAGAUUGGAAUCUCAGCUAUGUUUGGCGUGGCUUUCAUGCUGCUCUUCAUUCCCUUGCAGAUGUACCUGGGCAAGAAGACCUCCGAGCUGCGUUUGAAGACCGCUCUGCGGACGGACAAGCGGAUGCGGAUGAUGAACGAAAUCAUCUCGGGCAUCCAGGUGAUCAAGAUGUACGCCUGGGAGCGGCCCUUUGAGAGAUUGAUAGCUUAUGCGCGCCAAAAGGAGGUCAACGCCAUUUGCCACGGAAGCUAUAUCAAGGGUAUCCUUUCGUCCUUUACUACCUUCCUCUCACGCGCCUCCAUCUUUCUCAGUUUAGUGGGAUACGUUCUGCUGGGCCAGCUUCUUACGCCCGAAGUGGCUUUCAUGGUCACUGCUUACCACAACGUCCUGCAAACCACUAUGAUGGUGUUUUUCCCCCAAGCCAUAACCCAGACUGCGGAGAUUCUGGCUACCAUUGGUCGUGUCCAGAAAUUCAUGCUGUCCGAGGAGGUGAAGGAGGCUAUUAAUAGCAAAGAUGUCCUUGAUGCUCAGACAAAGAAGGGUCGGGAGGAGGCAGAGAAUAGGUUAUUAAUUCCAUCAAUCUACGCCAUUAAUAGCACAGCCGUCUCAAAUUCGAGUAUCUCAAUAACCGGCCUAAAAGCCAAAUGGGACACGGACUGCCCCCACUAUACUCUCAAUGGAGUCGAUUUAAAGGUUCAGCCCGAGACGAUGCUUGCCGUUCUGGGAUCCACCGGCUCUGGAAAAUCUAGCCUUAUUCAGGCUAUUCUGGGCGAGCUCCGUGCGGAAUCUGGCGAAAUUAAGGUCAAUGGAACGAUUUCUUACGCCUCUCAAGAGCCGUGGCUCUUCUCCGGCACCAUACGGGAGAACAUCCUCUUUGGCCAGCCAAUGGAUCGCAAGCGCUACGCCAAGGUGGUGAGGCAGUGCGCUCUGGAGCGUGAUUUCGAGUUGCUGCCCCUAAAAGAUACAACGCUUGUGGGAGAGCGAGGAGCUUCCAUGUCCGGUGGCCAAAAGGCGAGGAUCAGCUUAGCUCGGGCUGUUUACCGAGAGGCCUCCAUCUACCUUCUGGAUGAUCCCCUGAGUGCGGUGGACUCCCAUGUAGCCAAACAUCUCUUCGAGCAAUGCAUGCGCGGGUACCUCAGAGAUCGCAUCGUAGUUCUGAUAACCCAUCAAAGGCAGUUCCUGGAACACGUAAAUCAGAUUGUGGUCAUGGACGAGGGACAGGUGCGAGCCGUGGGUAACUACGAGUCUCUGCUUCAGGCGGGCUUGGACUUUUCCACCAUUCUGGGUGAACCAGAGACAAAGAAAUACAUGGCGGAGAAGGAAGAACAGGAGGAGGAUAAUUUCCGGCUUAAUUCCAGUAAUGCACACGACGAGAAACCAUGUAAUAGUGAGGAAUCUUUGCUAUCUAUUAUGGAUUCGUGUCUGGAGAAGAUCAGUAUUGAGCGCCAAGGGUCAGGUCGCAUUGGCCUUAAUUUGUACAAGAAGUAUUUCAAGUCUGGCGGCGGGCUUCUUGCAUUCCUAGUGAUGAUAACCUUCUUUGUAGUUUCUCGGAGCUUAAUCGCUUUGGGAGAUUAUUUUCUUGUUUAUUGGGUCGCAAAGAACCGGAAUGGAGCCCUCCAAGACAGUAAUGAUACCCUUGCCCUAGAUCAUACGAUUCAGAAUACCGGCUGGUCAAUGAGCACUGAGCAAAAGGACAUUUGGCGGUUUACACUAAUCACAGUAUUCUCCAUUAUAACGACAGUGGCGGCGUCGUUUCUAAUAUUCAACCUGGCCAGGAAAUGUUCCAUCGGACUGCACAACUCCAUUUUCAAUGCGAUAUCGCGUGCCUCCAUGUACUUCUUCAACACGAAUCCACCUGGACGCAUCCUCAAUCGGUUCUCGAAGGACUUGGGACAGGUGGACGAAAUGCUUCCUGUCGUAAUGAUGGACGUAAUUCAAACUUUCCUGUGCCUAACUGGCAUAGUCAUCAUCAUAGCCGUUGUCAAUCCGUUGCUUCUCACUCCUACAUUCUUGAUCAGCAUAAUAUUCUAUAAGCUUCGCACUUUCUAUCUGAAAACCUCCCGGGAUGUGAAGCGGAUUGAUGCAAUUGCCCGAUCUCCAGUUUACUCGCACUUGGCUUCCUCACUGAGCGGCCUGACCACCAUUCGGGCCUUCCAAGCCCAGCGCAUUAUGGAGGCGGAGUUCGACGGAUAUCAAGAUACGCACAGCUCUGCAUUUUAUACUUUCCUAACGACAUCCCGCGCCUUUGCCUAUUGGCUGGACAUCCUGUGUGUGGUUUACAUGACGAUAGCCACACUUAGCUUCUUUGUCUUUCCACCGGCUAACGCCGCGGAUGUAGGAUUAGUUAUAACACAGGUCCUGGGCUUGACGGGCCUGGUGCAGUUUGCAAUACGACAAUCCGCCGAGCUGGAGAAUCUCAUGACCGCCGUGGAACGAGUGGUGGAGUACGAGGACAUCGAGCCCGAGGGAGUAUUAGAAGCGCCGCUGGAUAAGAAGCCACCUAGAUCGUGGCCAGAACAAGGGAAAAUAAUCUUCGAUGAGUUAAGCAUGCGCUAUAUUCCAAAUCCACGGGCAAAAUGUAUUCUAAAGUCGCUAAACUUUCACAUAAAUCCAAAAGAGAAAGUCGGAAUAGUAGGACGCACAGGAGCAGGAAAAUCUUCGCUAAUCAAUGCCCUCUUCCGACUGUCCUACAACGAUGGAUCCAUUCUCAUUGACCAGCGGGAUACCAACGAUAUGGGUCUCCAUGAUCUUCGUAGCAAGAUCUCAAUUAUUCCUCAGGAACCUGUGCUUUUCUCUGGUACAAUGCGAUACAAUCUGGAUCCAUUUGACGAGUACUCUGAUGAUAAGUUAUGGCGCAGCCUGGAAGAGGUGAAGCUCAAGGAUGUGGUGGCAGAUCUGCCCAAUGGUUUGGUAAGUAAAAUCACAGAGGGUGGAGCCAACUUUAGUGUGGGUCAGCGCCAGUUGGUCUGCUUGGCACGAGCUAUUCUGCGCGAGAACCGCAUUCUGGUAAUGGAUGAGGCCACGGCCAAUGUGGAUCCCCAGACUGAUGGCCUUAUCCAGGCCACCAUUCGGAAUAAGUUCAAGGAGUGCACAGUUCUGACAAUAGCCCAUCGCCUCCACACGAUCAUGGACUCCGACAAGGUGCUGGUUAUGGACGCUGGACGAGUUGUAGAGUUUGGGACACCAUACGAGCUGCUAACGGUGGCAGAGUCUCAGGUGUUUCGACGCAUGGUAAAGCAGAUGGGUCAAGUUACCUACGACGGACUGUUUAAAAUCGCUGAGAAGGCCUUUCAAUGUUCCCUCUCUCAACGCACCUAA